CCAGCGCCGGUGACGCGCCGGCCGCUCCCCCUUCGUCUGCAUUGGCUCUAGGGUUUUGGGACGGUGGGUUGCGGAGUCCUUACCCUGGCGUCUCGAGCAGUUGUCCCCAUAACUCGGAAUCUAGAGCCGCUGUUGCGAGGCAGGAGCACGUGGCAGUCAGGUAGCUUCCCAGUCCUGAAUGCCGCCCGUCCCCACCCCGACGUGGCCACUAGCAACGACCUCUGUGAAGUUGGAGAGGCGGUGACGGAGGCACUCCCCCUGCUGCACCCCGCCGUUUCCACGGGGCUCAGAAACCAGUUUGUUUGUUUCGUCGGGGUAGUGUCGACCUGUCUUACGGGCGUCGCCCGAGGCAGGACGGAGUCAAACCCGUGGUGUCAACUGAAGGCGAGUGUCAGGUGUGGAGGGUCUCAGUGCCCCCUUUCAGUCUGGACUGUGAGCUGCUGCGGUUAGACAGACUUGGUUUCUCUUUCAGGAUGUCAUUUUCAAAAUGCGGGAUGGUACCUCUGCUUUAUUAGCCCCAUAGGAAGACUGCCACACCUAGACUGACGCUUAUUAGUCAUCACCGUUAUUUCUACUAACGUCCUGUGUCACUGAGUUUUUUAAAUGUCUAGCAUAUCUGUAAAGAUGCCUUAGAAAAAGAAUCAUGGAGAAGUAUGUUAGACUACAGAAGAUUGGAGAAGGUUCAUUUGGAAAAGCCAUUCUUGUUAAAUCUACAGAAGAUGGCAGACAGUAUGUUAUCAAGGAAAUUAACAUCUCAAGAAUGUCCAGUAAAGAAAGAGAAGAAUCAAGGAGAGAAGUCGCAGUAUUGGCAAACAUGAAGCAUCCAAAUAUUGUCCAGUAUAGAGAAUCAUUUGAAGAAAAUGGUUCUCUCUACAUAGUGAUGGAUUACUGUGAGGGAGGGGAUCUGUUUAAGCGAAUAAAUGCUCAGAAAGGCGUUUUGUUUCAAGAGGAUCAGAUUUUGGACUGGUUUGUACAGAUAUGUUUGGCCCUGAAACAUGUACAUGAUAGAAAAAUUCUUCAUCGAGACAUUAAAUCUCAGAACAUAUUUUUAACUAAAGAUGGAACGGUACAACUUGGAGAUUUUGGAAUUGCUAGAGUUCUUAAUAGUACUGUAGAGCUGGCUCGAACUUGCAUAGGGACCCCAUACUACUUGUCACCUGAAAUCUGUGAAAACAAACCUUACAAUAAUAAAAGUGACAUUUGGGCUCUGGGGUGUGUCCUUUAUGAGCUGUGUACACUUAAACAUGCUUUUGAAGCUGGCAGUAUGAAAAACUUGGUACUGAAGAUAAUAUCCGGAUCUUUUCCACCUGUGUCUUUGCAUUAUUCCUAUGAUCUCCGCAGUUUGGUGUCUCAGUUAUUUAAAAGAAAUCCUAGGGAUAGACCAUCAGUCAACUCCAUAUUGGAGAAAGGUUUUAUAGCCAAACGCAUUGAAAAGUUUCUCUCACCUCAGCUUAUUGCAGAAGAAUUUUGUCUAAAAACGUUUUCAAAGUUUGGAUCACAGCCUAUACCAGCCAAAAGACCAGCUUCAGGACAAAACUCGAUUUCUGUUACGCCUGCUCAGAAAAUUACAAAGCCUGCCGCUAAAUAUGGAAUACCUUUAACAUAUAAGAAAUAUGGAGAGAAAAAAUUAUACGAAAAGAAACCACUGCAAAAACAUAAACAGGCCCAUCAAACUCCAGAGAAGAGAGUGAAUAUUGGAGAAGAAAGGAGGAAAAUGUCUGAGGAAGCAGCAAGAAAGAGAAGGCUGGAAUUUAUUGAAAAAGAAAAGAAACAAAAGGAUCAGAUUAUUAGUUUAAUGAAGGCUGAACAAAUGAAAAGGCAAGAAAAGGAAAGGUUGGAAAGAAUAAAUAGGGCCAGGGAACAAGGAUGGAGAAAUGUACUAAGUGCUGGUGGAGGUGGUGAAGUAAAGGCUCCUUUUCUUGGCAGUGGAGGGACUAUAGCUCCAUCAUCUUUUUCUUCCCGAGGACAGUAUGAACAUUACCAUGCCAUUUUUGACCAAAUGCAGCAACAGAGAGCAGAAGAUAAUGAAGCUAAAUGGAAAAGAGAAAUAUAUGGUCGAGGUCUUCCAGAAAGCGGAAUUCUGCCUGGAGUUCGUCCAGGAUUUCCUUAUGGGGCUGCAGGUCAUCACCAUUUCCCUGAUGCUGAUGAUAUUAGAAAAACUUUGAAAAGAUUGAAGGCGGUGUCUAAACAAGCCAAUGCAAACAGGCAAAAAGGGCAGCUAGCUGUAGAAAGAGCUAAACAAGUAGAAGAGUUCCUGCAGCGAAAACGGGAAGCUAUGCAGAAUAAAGCUCGAGCCGAAGGACAUAUGGUUUAUCUGGCAAGACUGAGGCAAAUAAGACUACAGAAUUUCAAUGAACGCCAACAGAUUAAAGCCAAACUUCGUGGUGAAAAGAAAGAAGCUAAUCGUUCUGAAGGACAAGAAGGAAGUGAAGAGGCUGACAUGAGGCGCAAAAAAAUCGAAUCCCUGAAGGCCCAUGCAAAUGCACGUGCUGCUGUACUAAAAGAACAACUAGAACGAAAGAGAAAGGAAGCUUAUGAGAGAGAAAAAAAAGUGUGGGAAGAGCAUUUGGUGGCUAAAGGAGUUAAGAGUUCUGAUGUUUCUCCACCUUUGGGACAGCAUGAAACAGGUGGCUCUCCAUCAAAGCAACAGAUGAGAUCGGUUAUUUCUGUGACUUCAGCUUUGAAAGAAGUUGGCGUGGACAGUAGUUUAACUGAUAUCCGGGAAAUUUCAGAAGAAAUGCAAAAGACCAACAAUGCUAUUUCAAGUAAGCGAGAAAUACUUCGUAGAUUAAAUGAAAAUCUUAAAGCUCAAGAAGAUGAAAAAGGAAAGCAGCAUCUCUCUGAUACUUGUGAGAUAAAUGUUCUUGAAGAUGCCAAAGAGCAUGAAAAAGAAAAAUCAGUUUCAUCUGAUCGCAAGAAGUGGGAGGCAGGAGGUCAACUUGUGAUUCCUCUGGAUGAGUUAACACUAGAUACAUCCUUCUCUACAACUGAAAGACAUACAGUGGGAGAAGUUAUUAAAUUAGAUCCUAAUGGAUCUCCAAGAAGAGCCUGGGGGAAAAGUCCGACAGAUUCUGUUCUAAAGAUACUUGGAGAAGCUGAACUACAACUUCAGACAGAACUAUUAGAAAAUACAUCUAUUAGAAGUGAUAUUUCUCCUGAAGGGGAAAAGUACAAACCCUUAAUUACUGAAGAAAAAAAAGUGCAAUGUAUUUCACAUGAAAUAAACCCAUCAGCUAUUGUUGAUUCUCCUGUUGAGACAAAAAGCCCCGAGUUUAGUGAGGCAUCUCCACAGAUGUCAUUGAAACUGGAAGGAAAUUUAGAAGAACCUGAUGAUUUGGAAACAGAAGUUCUACAAGAGCCAAGUGAAACAAACAAAGAUGAGAGCUUGCCAUGCACUGUUACUGAUGUGUGGAUUAGUGAGGAAAAAGAAACAAAGGAAACUCAGUUGGAAGAUAGGAUCACCAUUCAAGAAAAUGAAGUUUCUGAGAAUGGAGUCUCGAGUACUGUGGACCAACUUAGUGACAUUCAUGUCGAGACUGGAGUCAAUGAUUCUCAGCACUCUAAAUGUGAUGUAGAUAAGUCUGUGCAACCAGAGCCAUUUUUCCAUAAAGUGGUUCAUUCUGAACACUUGAACUUAGUCCCUCAAGUUCAAUCAGUUCAGUGUUCACCAGAAGAAUCCUUUGCAUUUCGAUCUCACUCGCAUUUACCACCAAAAAAUAAAAACAAGAAUUCCUUGCUGAUUGGACUUUCAACUGGUCUGUUUGAUGCAAACAACCCAAAGAUGUUAAGGACAUGUUCACUUCCAGAUCUCUCAAAGCUGUUCAGAACCCUUAUGGAUGUUCCCACCGUAGGAGAUGUUCGUCAAGACAAUCUUGAAAUAGAUGAAAUUGAAGAUGAAAACAUUAAAGAAGGACCUUCUGAUUCUGAAGACAUUGUGUUUGAAGAAACUGACACAGAUUUGCAAGAGCUGCAGGCCUCGAUGGAACAGUUACUUAGAGAACAACCUAGUGAAGAAUACAGUGAAGAAGAAGAGUCAGUCUUAAAGAACAGUGAUGUGGAGCCAACUGCAAAUGGGACAGAUGUGGCGGAUGAAGAUGACAAUCCCAGCAGUGAAAGUGCCCUGAACGAAGAAUGGCACUCAGAUAACAGUGAUGGUGAAACUGCUAGUGAAUGUGAAUACGAUAGUGUCUUUAACCAUUUAGAGGAACUGAGACUUCAUCUGGAGCAGGAAAUGGGCUUUGAAAAAUUCUUUGAGGUUUACGAGAAAAUAAAGGCUAUUCAUGAAGAUGAAGAUGAAAAUAUUGAAAUUUGUUCAAAAAUAGUUCAAAAUAUUUUGGGAAAUGAACAUCAGCAUCUUUAUGCCAAGAUUCUUCAUUUAGUCAUGGCAGAUGGAGCCUACCAAGAAGAUAAUGAUGAAUAAUCCUCAAAAUGAUUUUUAAUCCUCAACUAUAUGAAAGCAUUUGAAUUUGGCUCAUCAGAAUAACAAGCUUCAGUGGGAAAUACAGCAAUUAUUUAUUUAAAAAAUCAGAUUUAAGAUGGGCUUGCUUAUUGCCUGAAAAAGAUGGAGAAACAUGCCAUUUUUCAAUGAAGAUUCUAAUAUUUUAUCUAUUUUAUUUUGUUCAUUGAAUUCCAUGGUUAAAUCCUGUAAAAUAUAUACUUUAUUAAAUCAUCCAACCAAAGCAUAGGAAACAUUGACCCAGAACCUGACUUAAUGGUUUUGAAGAUUUACUAUGCAAUAGGGUAACUCUGACUUUCAGCAAAUGUCUUUAGGUUGAGGGAAUUACCUAUGUCAUGAAGGACCUGUCUGUGGUUUUUCAGUGAAGUCUUUAAGAACGAACUUUUUUCUGUCUAGUACUUGUUUUCAGUCUGGCCAGCAGUUCUACGUUAAAUCACCUUGUCGAGGGCUCUAUUUAGAUCUAUACAUUUUGAAGAUGAAAUUUUUAGCCUUAAAGUUUAUAUUCGCAAGUCCUUUUACAACCAGUGUGUCUCCUGAACUAGCACACAGGCUGUAGAAACAGUCUUAGAAAUCAUUGAAAGAUUUGAUUAUGAAAGAAUAGCAAAAUUAUAUUUCCUGACAUAUAAAAUGUUGGUUUAAUGCCUUUAUUUCUCUUUAAGGACCAGAACCAGGAAUACUAUAUUGAAAAAUUAGUCUGUGGAUUUAACAUUGACCUAGCAUAUAGCUUAAAGUUGCUCUUUUGGUUUUUAACUUCGUCUCAUACAUAUGCUCCAAGGACAAUGUGAUGUUAAAAAGGAGGAAAUAAUUAUUUUUAUUUUGACACUGUGGCAGUUUUGGUAACUAGGAUCCUAGGGAGGGAAGUGUUUGCCACUUGAACUUCUUUCCAUUAUCAGAGGAUUUAGUUAGGUCGUUAAGAUGAUGAUCACACAGCUUCAAUCGCAAUAUGCCAAGUAUAACCUGGUUUCGUUAGUGGUGUCUACAGUCCAGAUGUUCUUCGUAAUAAAAGCAAAGUGUUUGAACCUCUGAGUACAAAGCAGGCUGGUUGGCAUAAUAUGUAAUUUGAAAAAUAAAAUCUUAUCUUGCAGCACUAUCAGUAUGUUGAAUUUAUUAUGUGUAUUAUUUCUAAUAUCUAAAACUAAAUACUUGAUUUUUUAUAUGUGUGUUUAUUUUCUGAUAUUGCUAUUAAAUUUUUAUUAUCUAC